AUGGGAUCUUGUGAACCAUUUUUGAAUUUUCAAAAUCCUCAAUCGCUUCUCCCAUCACCGCUACCUUUAUGGAUGAACUUUCCACCUGAAGCAAAUCUACCCAUUGUGGAUAGCAUUGAAGAUGUUAUGGAACAAGCUUUAGAUCUCUCUAUGAAAUCUUCCUCAACUCCUUCUCUUCAAUCAACGUCUCUGGAUCUUGUUCCAUCGAGUCACUUCCAACCCUUCAUUCCAUUUUCAACAGGGGAACAAGAUUUGUCCUGUCCCCUCUGCAGAAAGCCCUUCAGAUUUGAAAAGAAUCUUUUGAGACACCUUCACAAGACUCACGCUGCUGGGAAUGAGGAAUCGAUUUUGAAGUGCAAACUUUGUCCCUAUACAACUCGGCAUUACAGCAAUAUGUACGUGCACAUUCGAACACAUACCGGCGACAAACCGUAUUCAUGCUCGGGAUGUGGAGCAUCUUUCACUCAAGGUUCCUCCCUGAAACUCCACAUUAAAUCUCGACAUGAUGAUAAUAUGUCCUUCUUCUCGCUCUCUAGAAAACCCGGGAAGAAUAACCUCACCAAACUCUGGACAAGGGUAGUUCGACUUGACUCCCAUAUUAAUCUCUCAGUUGCCCAAUCUUCCCUUUACAUCCUACCACCUCAACAGCUCUUUGGUCUUACAUCCCAGUUAGACAGUGUUAAUACUAAUAAUGCUCUUCGAGUCAAUGACGAUAAUCGUAGCUCAUGUGGUUCCUUCUCUGUAGAAGCCUUGACCUCUUCUACAACAUCCUCUCAAACCCCUACUUCUCCGUGA